CAUUUCCAUUUUAUUUUAGAUCGAGUUAUGUUUUUAAAACGUUUCAGUUGAAUGCGCAAUUACGCAUUAAUGCAAGAGAUUGACAUGCUGUGUGCUCUCACACUUCCUCUUUAUGUUCGGUCUCUUCCGCACACACACAGACACACACAGACACACACACAGAACUAAACUCUUCCUCCUUUUAUUCUAAUCGCUCGCGCUACACCUGCCUAUAGAACCGGGAGCACGCACCGGACUGCAGUGACGGAGAGGGUCAUGUCUCCGCGCUGCUCUCUCUGACCCUCGGCUUCCGCUUCCCUUGUUUUUGUUUUUGUUUUUGUUUUGAUUUCGUGGAUUAAAUGCGCUUCACCGGCUCCCUGAAGGUGCGCGUGGGCGAGGCCGUGGACCUGAAGCCCACCAGCGCGUCCACGCGCCACGUAGCCGCUUUUGGUAAAGCCGGUCUGGGACUGAACCUGCACCUGGGCGCGGCCGCGAGUCUGGACCCGUACGUGGUGGUGAAGGUGGACGAUGGCGCGGUGGGUCAGACGCGCUCCAAACCGCGCACCAACGCGCCAACCUACAACGAAGAGUUCAGCGCGUGUGUGAGUCGCGCAGAGAGACUGGAGUUCGCCGUCUUCCACGAGUCACCGAUCGGCUACGACGACUUUGUGGCCAAUUGCACCCUGCAGAUCGAGGACCUGAGGAAGGGCUCCAGCUCCGAGGAGACCUUCGAAGGAUGGGUUGACCUGGAGCCUGAGGGGAAGGUGUACAUCCAUAUUGCUCUCAGUGGAACAUUUAUUGAUGUUUCUGAUGACCCCACCCCUCCUCCGACGUUUAAGGAGUUCACUCGGAAGCGUCAGCAAGCAGUGAGACGGAGAGUUCAUCAGGUCAACGGACACAAGUUCAUGUCUACGUUCCUGAAGCAGCCCACAUUCUGUUUCCACUGCAAAGAAUUUAUAUGGGGUGUUUUUGGGAAACAAGGGUACCAGUGUCAAGUGUGUACUUGCGUUGUCCACAAACGGUGCCAUCAGCUUGUCGUCACUGUGUGUCCACGUAUGAAGAAACCUACUAAAGAACAGACGGUGAAUCAGGGUUUCAGCAUUAACGUUCCUCACAGGUUCAGUGUACAUAAUUACAAGGUUCCGACAUUCUGUGAUCACUGUGGAUCUUUAUUGUGGGGCCUCGUGAAGCAGGGGCUGCACUGUAGCAUCUGUAAGAUGAACGUUCAUAUCCGCUGUAAGGGAAAUGUUGCUCCAAACUGUGGUGUGAAUAAUGUGGAGCUCGCUAACAAAUUAGCAGAGAUGGGACUUCAGCCAGGAGGAACAAUAAAGCGCAGUCCAGUGUGUCAGAACCCGUCUGCUGUGGAGUCCUCAUCUCACUGUGUCAGUGUGAAUCAAGGUGUGUCUCCAGAAGACAAUAAAGGUCGAAAGUUGCACAUUGAGGACUUUACUUUUCUCCAGGUUCUUGGAAAAGGCAGCUUUGGCAAGGUGAUGCUGGCCUGCUUGAACAACACAGGUCGCGUGUUUGCUGUGAAGAUUUUGAAGAAAGACGUGAUUCUGCAAGAUGAUGAUGUUGAGUGCACGUUGACGGAGAAACGAGUGCUGACUCUCGCACACUCACACCCCUACCUCACACACCUGUACUGCUGCUUCCAGAACCUGGAGCGUCUGUUCUUUGUGAUGGAGUUUGUGAACGGCGGCGAUCUCAUGUUCCACAUUCAGAAGUCGAGGAAGUUUGAGGAGAACCGAGCACGAUUUUAUGCAGCAGAGAUCACCUGUGCACUCAUCUUCCUGCACAGCAAGGGCAUCAUAUACAGGGAUCUGAAGCUGGAUAACGUGCUGCUGGAUCAGGACGGUCACUGCAAGUUGGCAGAUUUUGGGAUGUGUAAAGAGGGGAUGUUUGAAGGCAACGCUACCGCAACGUUCUGUGGAACUCCAGAUUACAUUGCUCCUGAGAUCCUGCAGGAGAUGCUGUACGGGCCAUCAGUUGAUUGGUGGGCUCUGGGCGUGCUCCUUUAUGAGAUGCUCUCAGGCCACGCCCCCUUUGAGGCAGAGAACGAGGACGAUUUGUUCGAGUGCAUUCUGAACGAGGAGAUCAUUUACGCAUCGUGGUUGAGCGCCAACGCCGUGGACAUCCUCAAAGCUCUGCUCACGAAGAAUCCGACCCGUCGUCUCGGCUGCGUGGCGGCGAGCGGUGGAGACAACGCCGUUACGGCUCACGUGUUCUUCAGCACCAUCGACUGGGAAAAACUGAACCGGCGAGAACUGGAGCCUCCGUUUAAACCCCAAAUCAAAACCAGUGAGGACGUGAACAAUUUCGACCCUGACUUCACGAGCGAAGAGGCCAUUCUCACUCCCAUCAUGGACGCCGUGAUCCCGCAGAUCAACCAGGACGAGUUCCAAGAGUUCUCUUUCACCUCAGAUGCAAUGCUGGGGUUCUGCGUAUCGUGAAAUAAAUAAACCUAAAACAGAAAAACAAAGCGGCGUCUCAGGAGGAAGAGGAUGACAAAGCGAUGACGUCUGGUCUGUUGAGUCGUGAUGUCAUCGUAAUGCUAAUUAUUUAUUGCAGCCGAUACGAGCGUUUUAAACUCGUCGCUGAAUCAGUGGAAGCUGUGACGUGAGACAUCAGAGCUCGUCGUGACCGCUUGGUUGGUGCGAAGCGAUGGCAUCAGAUUUCACAAAAAUGAAGUAUUAAAACUCUCAGCAAAGUCAUUGCUUGAGUGGAAAGGAUUAGUAUUACAAACCUUUUUAUUGUAGCUAAAGUUUCUUUUAUUCUAUGAAAGAGAAUAUAUUGGAAGUCAUCCUGAUGGGAUCAAAGUCCAGUGUGAAAAAAAAAGUACUGUCAGUAUUGCAUCAGAGAUUUAUAAUGCUCUGGGUCAGGGGGCGGAGCUAACGUUAACGUUUGUGAUGUGCUACUAGCUGUCGUCUAAACAAUUUACAGCAUAGCAAGAUGUUUUAGCUACACAAUAUAAUGGUGUGCUGAAGGUGGGAAUGUUGAGGCUGAAGUAAUGUGAUGUAAUAAUAUAAUAAUAAGAUGUAAGCUCCGCCCCCUUUUGAGCCAGGGAAGAGUUUGGGUCUGACUUCAUUUCAGGACUCAGUCACAGGACUGGAGCCUCUGUCCUUUCACCCUCCGCCUCGUACCCUGCUUCUCUACGUUAAACAGUUAACGAAGACAAACUCCGCUGAAUUUUAUUGCAGAUUUUUAAGAUAGCUUAUGGCCCUUUUUUCUGUUUUAUAAAUCUUUUAUUAAGUCUCUAUUAUUAAUCCGUUCUUAUGCGUAGGCCAGCGUGUGUUAUGCCCUCAGCAGUGGCAGUGUUAUUGAAAGGCCUUCAGCUUCUGGUAUCGUGCGACCCCGUGACCUCUUCUCCAGAUAUAAGGACAAUGUCCAGGAAGUAAGAGAGGGGUAAAAUCUGCCCUGAGGAGGGUAAAAAUGCUUUGGAGUGACUAAAUUUAUGUCUGUGAUAGAAAUAAAAGUGUGUGAGAGAGUGCGUGUGUGUCAGUGAGUGUGUGUCAGUGAGUGUGUGUGUGUGUGAGUAAGUGUGGGUUAGUGAGUGUGUGUGGGUCAGUGAGUGUGUGUGUGUGGGUCAGUGAGUGUGUGUGUGUGGGUCAGUGAGUGUGUGUGUGUGGGUCAGUGAGUGUGUGUGUGGGUCAGUGAGUGUGUGUGUGGGUCAGUGAGUGUGUGUGUGGGUCAGUGAGUGUGUGUGUGUGAGUAAGUGUGGGUUAGUGAGUGUGUGUGGGUCAGUGUAGGUUAGUGAGUGUGUGUGGGUCAGUGAGUGUGUGUGGGUCAGUAAGUGUGUGUGUGUGAGUAAGUGUGGGUUAGUGAGUGUGUGUGGGUCAGUGUGGGUUAGUGAGUGUGUGUGGGUCAGUGAGUGUGUGUUUGAGUAAGUGUGGGUUAGUGAGUGUGUGUGGGUCAGUGUGGGUUAGUGAGUGUGUGUGGGUCAGUGAGUGUGUGUGUGUGUGAGUAAGUGUGGGUUAGUGAGUGUGUGUGGGUCAGUGUGGGUUAGUGAGUGUGUGUGGGUCAGUGAGUGUGUGUGUAGUUUCUCACCUGUUCUCACAGUCCAGUCUGGCUCGUGCUUGGGUUUUUGCUUAUUAAUGUAAAUUAAAAUGAAUGUUAUUGUGUGUUUUUGUUAAAACCAGAUGUACUAAAGGUGUUUGCUCAGGGUCACUAGAAGCACUUUGUGUGAAGUUAUUUUAAUGUGAGCCUUUAAAAAGUUUGUUACUCGACUGUUAGUGCUGUGUUUGUGUCCCACAUGUGAUCCUAAAUAAAAGGAUACAAGAGCUGU